AUGGCCACCCCCUGGGAAAGAAAAUGUAUCGAUGCCUUCUGUACAAUUUCUAUGGGCAAAGAAAAAUUUGUUACAGCCACACGAGAAAAAACACGCGCACCCGACUGGCAGGAACAAUGUGAUAUGCCAAUAUCAGAGGAUGCUGUUGUUAAAAUUACUGUUUAUCAUCAACAUAAAACGGCCUUGUCAAAAGGAGACUUUAUUGGUCGAACCUACAUAACCUUGAGAGAUCUACAAGACUACGAAAGAGUACACAAAAAUUGGUAUACAUUAAUGAAUAAAGAUGGUAAAGCUGAUAAAGACCGAGGAGAAAUUGAAGUUAGUUUACAAUUUUAUGCUAAAAAUGGUACAACAGGAAGCGUGUUAGAUCUUAGUACAAAGAGAAAACAUUUAUCAUUCGGAGAGAUCAAACGUUCACUACGUAACAAAGCAAAAAUAGUAAAACCCGACAAGAAGAGUAAAUACAAUGGAGAGAACCAGUUAGCUGAUCAGCGCCGCCGUUUAGGUGGCGAUGCUUCUCAAUCAGUGCGAGAUUUUCUCGAUGAUUCUGCAUCGGAGGGUACAGCGUCGUUUGCUGGUAGUAUGAUGUCAUUAAAUAGUAUGUCAUUUGAUGAUCGACCAAAAAAGUGUGUGUGUUAUGACACUAAUGCUGCAGAAAAAUAUUUUUUAAAAUCGGAUUUAUUUUUGUCAGGAGAUGUGAUUCAAUGUAUACUAAUUUUAGAUUAA